ACAUUACUAUUAGCAUUGAUUAAUUGGUUAAAGCUAGGCAUUAGCAUUGCCAGAGCGAAUCACUCCAAUACAUCCUUUUGUUUACCUGACAAACCUGAAAUACAAAAAUUUUCAAAUAUGAUAGAAACUAUAAUUAUCAAAUGUUGUUCCUGUCAGAAACAUUUUUGGGUAGCAAAAGGUGCGAAAACAAGCAGAUGUAUAUCCUGCAAGCGUGUUAAUACCCUUCCACGCAACGAACAAUCAAGAGUGUUUUUUAUUAAAGACCCUAAAGUGACUACUGCUAAUUCUAAAGAAGAAAUACUACCGAGAAAGAAAGCAGUUCUCUGUGGAGUGAGUUACUAUCAGAAGAAGUACAAGUUGAAGGGAACUAUUAACGAUGUCAAGGACAUGAGAAAUUUGCUUAUUUCUUACUUUAGGUUUCCACAAGAUUCUAUUCUGCAACUUACAGAGGAACAAGACCCUGAACUAAUUCCUACAAGAAAGAACAUUGAGAAGGCAUUGAAAUGGCUUGUAGAGGGUUGCCGUUCCGGCGACUCACUGGUAUUUUACUUUGCCGGACAUGGGUCACAAGUGGAUGAUAGUGACGGGGAUGAGAUUGAUGAACUUGAUGAAACGAUUUGCCCACUUGAUUUUCAAGUGAAUGGAAAGAUCGUUGAUGAUUAUAUCAAUUCUGUAAUUGUUAGACCUCUUGUAGAAGGUGUCACACUUCAUGCCAUUAUUGAUACUUGUCAUAGUGCAACAAUGCUAGAUCUUCCAUUUAUGUGCAACGCAAAACAGAAGAAGUGGGUGGAGAAUCCUCCUCCAUCAGGGGCCAAUAAGGGCACAAGUGGUGGAUUGGCCAUUUGUAUAAGUGCCUGUAGAGAUGAUCAAAAAGUUGUUGAUUCAUCUGCUUUAUGUGGAAAGGGAAACCUGACCUAUAACUUAAUUCAAGAGAUAAAUGAAAACCCUGGAUUGUCAUAUGAUGCCCUAAUUACAUCUGUUCAGAAUAACAUUGACAAAGCUAUUGAAGCACCAGGCUGUAAAACCUGGUUUCUAAGGAAAUUUUUUAAGAAUUCUUUUUUACAGGAGGUUCAACUCUCAUCUUCCGAAAAGUUUGACAUUUACAAUAAGAAAUUCAAGUUGUAGUCUAUGAGUGAUUGUACAUGACUUUUGUCUUCUUUCUUUUUUUUUUUUUCUCUCCUCAUUACUGUACAUUUUACAUUAUGUAUAAAAUAA